UUACAGGACACAAGAGAUGAAAGUAGUGAGACUAAAGCCAGCAAGAUGAGUAAAUUAAAAAGGACAAGAAAGAAAGUCACAAAACUACAUGCUUUUUCAACUGAAAUAGGAGAAAUGGACACAUCUGACUCAAAAGGAAAGAUCAGAAACCAAAUGGUGUGCCACAAAUUGGGGGAUACUAGUAAACUAGUCAUGGAACCUGGCUCUGCUGAAUCUCUUUUGCCACAAGAUGACAAGGACUCCAAAGAUCCCACAAUACUGAUAAAACCAUUGCCCCUCGCAACAUCAGCCAGUGCUCCUGAUGGUGAAUUUCACUCAAACUCCAGCUCUCCUGAUAACUCCAGUGACAGCACCCAAAUGCCUACUGCACCUCAACUCUCCUCUAGAAUGAAGCACAUCAAACAGGAGAUGGCCAAAAAUCACCUUCAGUUUGUGCGAUUUGAGGCAACAGACCUCCACGGUGUGUCCAGGUCUAAGAGCAUCCCCGCACACUUUUUCCAAGAAAAAGUGAUCCAUGGUGUUUACAUGCCACGAGGUUAUCUUGAAUUGAUACCAAGUCCUAAGGACAAUGAAGUAGAUCACAUAAGAGCAACAUGUUUUAACAGUGACAUAGUCCUGAUGCCAGAGUUAUCGACCUUUAGAGUUUUGCCAUGGGCAGAGAGAACGGCAAGGGUGAUAUGUGACACGUUCACUGUGACUGGCGAGCCUCUGCUGACCUCUCCAAGGCAUAUUGCAAAGAGGCAGCUGAGCCAGCUGCAGGACUUUGGUUUUUCCCUGUUCUCUGCCUUCAUCUAUGAUUUUUGCAUUUUUGGUGUGCCUGAAAUUAUCAAUUCCAAGACCAUAUCUCUUCCUGCUUCCACACUGCUGAAUAAUCAUGACCAGCCCUUCAUUCAGGAACUUGUUGAUGGUUUGUAUCACACUGGAGCCAAUGUUGAGAGCUUUUCCUCCUCUACCAGACCGGGCCAGAUGGAAAUCUGUUUUCUGCCGGAAUUUGGCAUCAGUUCAGCUGAUAACGCAUUUACCCUCAGAACAGGUGUCAAAGAGGUGGCAAGGAAAUACAAUUACAUCGCCAGCUUUUUCAUUGAGACUGGAUUCUGCAACUCAGGAAUUUUGUCUCAUAGUCUCUGGGAUCUUGAUGGGAAGAAAAACAUGUUCUGUAGCAGUUCUGGGAUUGAGCAGCUCACGAUCACGGGGGAGAAAUGGUUGGCAGGACUCUUGAAGCACUCAGCUGCUCUCAGCUGCUUGAUGGCUCCCGCUGUCAGCUGUCGGAAGCGCUAUUCCAAGGAGAGUAGAGAGCAGAAGGAGAGUGUGCCCACCACGUGGGGGUACAACGACAACAGCUGUGCUUUUAAUAUCAAGUGUCAUGGUGAGAAGGGCACCAGGAUAGAAAACAAACUGGGCUCAGCCACGGCAAAUCCUUACCUCGUGCUGGCCGCCACUGUUGCUGCAGGCUUGGACGGACUUCAGAGCACUGAUGGUGUGUUCGCUGGUCCAGAGGACAGCACAGACCUCCAUCAACCAAAACCUUCUGAGAUCCCUUUGAAACUGGAAGAUGCCCUCAUGGCCCUGGAGGAAGAUCAAUGCCUGAGACAGGCUCUAGGAGAAACUUUUAUUCGGUAUUUUGUUGCCAUGAAGAAAUAUGAGUUGGAAAAUGAAGAAACAGAUGCUGAGAGAAAUAAAUUCUUAGAGUACUUUAUUUAGAGUGGAGACAUGAACCAUUCCUUUAGCAAUGUGAUAGUGACUUACCUAGCUGAUCUACUGGAAAGAAAAUACUGGAUUUUUGUAACAACAAGACUACACAUACACGCUCUCUUUUUAGUCCCCAUGGAAUAUUUAACAGAUGAAGUGGGGCUGCUGAGCGGAUUCUGAUGACAGAAACAAACAAUAAAGUUGUGGUGCAGCUGUGAUGUGCAAACUUAACCAGGUCUUGUCGGUCAGUGGUCAUUGCCUCGCGUAUAUCGGCCUAGACAGAAAUAUUCAGGUUUGGGGGGGGGCAAUAAAUAUAUUCACAUAAUAAAAAGGCUUAAGAAUUAGAAAAUUUUAAAUGACUGAAAAAAGAAGCUGAAGAAAUAAUUUCAAUUAUACACAUAGGGUGUGAGUGUCAGGGAAAAAUACUUGCUAAUAUCAUCUCACUAAUUAAGGCAUAUUGAGGAUCUAUUUUGCAAUU